CUAACAAUCGAAUGACAUUAAAAAACUUUCUGUAAUAGAGUAUUCAAUUACUAUCAUAACUUGUUAUAAAAUAUAUUUUUGAGAUACUUAAUUCAAUUUUCGCGUAAUAACAGCAAAUGCAUUUAACUUCGCACAUAUAAAAAAAGUGACAAUGUUGUACAACGUUUAUACUAAGACUCUGUAUAUGUACCAAUCUGGCAUAUUCUACGCCACGCUAAGUCUAAAAAUAAUCUUUAGGUGAACUUUUUCAGUAUGAUCCAACAUCGCUAUAACUUUAUUUUCGGAACUCUAGAUGUAUUAUAAUGUAUUAUUUUAAGUGUUUUCUUAUUUUACUUGUUUUUGAUCUAAGACUAAAAUGUUCUUCUUGUUCUUUGCAAGGAGAAGAAGUGGCAAAAUGGGCAAAUGCAAUAGGAGAAGAUUUGUGGAAAUUAGGUAGAGAAGUUACUAAAAUAACCGAAAUUAAACAGAAGUAUGCAUUUCUGAAUGCCAGAGUUGAGAAAAAAGAUUUAACAAUCUUACUACAGGAGAUAAAAGAAAAUAUCUUAAGAAUGAUGGACAGAAAAAUGGACGCUAUAAGGUGCAUACAACAAGAAGCUGAAAAAGUAGCUGAGACCUUCAACAUUGACCGUGACGUACAAUUCAAAUAUUACAGCUCUAAAUGGUCAUCAACUGAAGGAGCCGAACCGACAAAACUGCCAAAAUCUUUAAAGAAAAAUCGACACAUGUAUUUAACCAUGGUGCUAAAUAACGAUACUCAUUUUUAUAAUCUACCAGUCAACACCAGCCAUAGUUCCGUACAUGUCCCAACAAACGUCUAUGAUAAAGAGGAAAAGGUGGCUGAAGCAAUUCAAUGGUCUGAAGCUUUAGACAAGGUGUUUGCUCAGAAUUACAAAUCAGAUCCCGCCCUGUCCUGGCAGUACUUCGGUAGUUCUUCUGGAAUAAUGCGCCAUUAUCCAGCUAUGCACUGGGAAGAACACAAAAAGGAAAUCAAAGAUCUGUUUGAUUGUCGCAUUAGGACUUGGUUUAUUGAAGCUGCCACUUGCACCAAGGACGUCGUUAUUCUUAUAGAUAAUUCUGGUUCCAUGGACGGAAUGGGCAAACAUAUAGGAGCUUUAACAGCGUACAGUAUAUUAGAUACUUUUUCGAAUAAUGACUAUGUAAAUAUUCUAUACUAUUCGGAAAAGACAGCGUACGUAGUGCCAUGUUUUGAAGAUCAGUUGGUGCAAGCAACAAAAGAGAAUAUUCGUUUAUUUAAAGAUGCUAUCAAUAGUUUGGAACCGAGCGGAAAAACCCUGCUUGAACCGGCACUGGAAAAUGCUUUCCAACUUUUGAGUGACUACCGUACAAAACGUGGCUGCGAUAACGAAAAUAGCACUGAUUGCAAUCAAGCUAUCAUGAUAUUAACUGACGGAUUAAACGCAAAUUACAGCCAGCUAGUGAUGAAACAUAAUUACUUAUUUAACGGAACAAACAUUCCUGUCAGAAUAUUCACUUAUCUUAUUGGACAGGAAGUUACUAAUGUCGAAGAGAGCAAAUGGAUGUCUUGUGCCAAUAGAGGGUACUAUACACACGUACAAACGUUAGAACAAGUAACAGCAGCAGUACUCCAGUAUAUUUAUGUAGUAGCCAGGCCUCUAGUAUUACAAGCUGAGGAUCAUCCAGUGUCUUGGACUCACGCUUAUGCAGAUCUCACAUAUGACGAUGCCACUGAUAUAACUAUAAAUGAACCUUACAGACUCUUGACGUCAGCGGCUAUUCCUUGUUACGAUAUGAAAAUAAAUAAACAGAACGAUACAAGAACAGCGGAAUUGUUAGGAGUUGCAGCAACUGAUGUGCCUAUCGAUGAGUUUCAAAAAUUAAUUCGUCCAUAUAAGAUCGGUGUAAACGCUUAUGCAUUUAUUGUAAGUAAUAACGGUUAUGUAUUAAUGCACCCUGAUCUGAGGCCAGUAUUUAAUGGAAUACUGAAAGAAAACUACAACAGUAUCGAUUUAACGGAAGUGGAACAGCAUGAUCAUGAUUUACCAGAUGAGGAAAACGGCAAGAGGCAAAUAAGCGAAACAUUAAGAAAACUUCGAUCAGCGUUAGUUAACGGUUCAGAAGGAAGCAUGCACAAUGUUACGCUGAAAUACCACUACGAUGAUAAUAAGAGAGUGGCAGAGGAACUGUACGAUUACUACUUUGCGCCUCUAGAAUACACGCCAUUUUCAAUCGCUAUAGCGCUGCCUAGUACUUAUGGAAAGUAUUCCUUAGAUGUCGGAGAUGAAAUUCAAAAAAAUCGACACACUGGAGAAAACUUAACGUCAUUUUUCAAAGGAAAAUGGAAAAUCCACCCCAAAUGGGUAUAUUGUCGUUAUCACUACUUGGAAGGGCAUGAAUUUGAUACUCCCGAAGAAGAAUUAAUACAUUUCCUAGGCAAAAUGUACGAUAUGGAUUUUAAAUGGGAAAGACAGUAUGAACCAAUGGAAACUGAAGAUAUUAAUCAAAUUGAAUGUGGUCGAAAAACCUUAGGAGAUGACGAUUAUUACUGCGAUAAGCAACUAGUCCAGAGACUUAUUUUUGAUGCCAGAAACACAUUUGAACCUUUCAAAGAAAAAUGGUCCUUUCAGUCCGAUUUUGAGAGACAACUAUUUGAAAAAUACAACGUCUCUUUGAGAUUUGUCGCGACUAUGAGCGGCCUAACCCGUUGGGAUUACAUAUUUCGCAAUGAAACUAAAUCAAAAACUAAGGAAUUCGGUGAUCUGCAUCCAAGAGCUAUACACGAAAAAUGGUAUAAAAGUGCCGUACUCCAACACAAGUACGACACAGACUCGUUUGUAUAUUCCGUGCCAUUUAACACUAGUCCAGAUAAAGACGAUUUGGUUACAGCCAGCUACGCCAUUUUUGUUAACGACGUCGGACUUGAAGCUCCCGCUUCGGUAGUGGGCUUCCAAUUCUCUCAAGCUAGUUUUCAAAAUAAAGUAGUCAAUGUAUCGACGCGUCUAUCGAAUCAAUGCUCACACUGUGAUAAAUGUGGAGAUAAGCUAACAUGCUACGUGGUGGACAGUUCUGGAUAUAUAGUUGCCUCGAAAGACAAAACAGGUCAAUUUUUCGGAGAAGUUGAAGGCGAUAUCUUUGAAUCUAUGCUGAACUAUUCUGUUUUCAAGGAAAAAAUACUGAACGACUAUCAGGCUCUAUGCCAGUUGGUGGAACAAAACAGCAGUUCCAGUCCAACAAUGCACACUCCCAUCUAUUACAUCAGUUCAGUGUUUAAAUGGUUUGUUUUAAAAACACUAUACUUGAUAGGAAAAAUAAAUUUAUAUCAAAUAUUAGAUCCCUUAAUCUCCAUGGCGCAAGAAAUUGCUGAAAAUAUUUCUGAUUCUGAAGCUGAAGAUGGUGAUUCAAAGGAUGACGAAAAUGAAGUUCCAGACAGUGAGGAUGAUGAUGAUGAGGAUGGUGAAUCAGAUUCUGAUGAUUAUACUGACGACGAUAACAAAUAUACAGCGUGUGAGAAUAAAACCACCCUAUAUAUUUUACAACAGUCCCUGUUUAUAGAUGGAAAUUUCCUUGGUGAACUGUUUACUUCUGAAAGAACAUAUUAUUAUGUAAAGAGAAUUCCCAACAGUAAUUUAAUUUUUGUGGCCAUCCAAGGAAAAACAAAUGUAGAGGGGAAAAAAUAUACAACCACCCCCCAAACGAACUCAAGUCUCCCACCACUCGACUGGACCUUUGUAGUAAGCGAUACUCAUCUACCAUGUCAAAAAUUGCAUCUAAACUCCCUACCAAGAAGAAGGCUCACUGGAUGUUACAACGAACACUAUUUGGAACAUGAAAUCAAAGCUUGUGGCAAAGCAUCACCAAUAAAAGACUUAUCACUGAAUGUAUUUAUUUUAAGUUUCAUUCUAAAGUAUUUUUUAAAUUAUUCUAUAUUGUAAGUAUUCAUAUCAAAAUAGAAUAAAAUACGUUAAUGUUAAAUAGAGUUUUAACUGAUACAUAAUUUUUAAGAGAGACAAAAAUAAAAAUAAAAAAAAUGCUUAAAAUAUAUUCGCGUGGUGGUGGUGUUCAAAUCGUUGAGUAGAACGUAAUAUUAAUUAAGAAAGUUCUAUCAUCGGUACCAUUCACAGAUACCGUUCCAUACUGGUUUUAAAUUUAUUUCAUUAUAUGUCGUGGGGAAAAAACUAUUAAUUCUAUAGAAUAAUGCCAGUGAAUUCAAUACAGCUAAAUAAUCAGUAUUUAUUAAAAUAUAUGCAACUAUUCUAAACAUUUACAAUUUUCUUUGUGUGAGCCAUUAGGAAAAGGAAGUAGAAUGUAGAGUGAGUGGAAGGGGAGUUAAUCACCGCGACCUUAAAGAUCUAUUGUGUCCCCCUUUAUUGAGUUAUAACUCUCAUCAUACUUAUCAUCAGUUCAGAGUCAAUAACUCAUAUCAUACAUGGGAAUCUUCCUGUUGUAGAGAGGACAAGGUAUUUCCCAUUCUCCGCUGACUACAAGUGUUCAUCCUCCGAAAAGUGGAUUUUUGUCCUCUGUGUCCUUCAGUGGAAGAGCUUGUCUCCGGGACAGGUACACUUGAGGUAGAGACUGGAGGAUCUGUCUCCAUUUUCUCCACCUCUUUAACUUGGUCUCUCCUUAGACCUGAUACGCACCCCCUUGAUCUGGUCCUGCCAUCACAGGAUUUAAGUAUUUGGUGGGGUUGUCUCCUCUUGGUCUGGGCGGUUAAGCUAAGCCCCCUCACAUACACCCGUGAUACAUAACCACAGACAGUAGAGGAUGCCUGGUAUGACGGACGUAGUCCCAUCCAGCAUCGUUAUACGUCUUGGUGCAAUUCUCUGGCCACGACACUACAGCCAGGGACAAGACAAUGAGAUGUUCCUUAGACCCAGCCAAAGUGCCAGAGGGGAUUUCCCCUAGCACCUAACUAGGAGCUUCCCCGCCAAAGAUAAGGUCUCGCAUCUCCUAAAGAAA